AUGGAUGUUGCACACUUUUUGUUUGGCAUAUUUGGGAAUGCUUCUGCUCUGUUCCUCUUCUUGGCACCGGUGAUUACAUUCAAGAGGAUUAUAGUGAACAAAUCAACAGAGCAGUUUUCAGGCAUUCCGUAUGUUAUGACACUGCUCAAUUGUCUUCUUUCAGCUUGGUAUGGUCUUCCUUUUGUGUCUCCACACAACAUACUAGUAUCAACAAUAAAUGGCACUGGAGCAGUAAUUGAAAUCAUAUAUGUUUUGAUAUUCAUCCUAUUUGCACCUAAGAAAGAAAAAAUCAAAAUCUUUAGCUUAUUCACGGUGGUACUCUCUGUGUUCUCCGUGGUUGUUUUCGUGUCGCUCUUUGCCUUACAUGGCACAUAUAGGAAGAUGUUCUGUGGCUUCGCAGCGGCCAUAUUUUCUGUGAUCAUGUAUGGUUCUCCUCUCUCAAUUAUGAGAUUAGUAAUCAAAAGCAAAAGUGUGGAGUUUAUGCCAUUCUUCUUGUCAGUGUUUGUGUUUCUUUGUGGCACUUCUUGGUUUAUCUUUGGUCUAUUAGGUCAUGACCCAUUUAUUGCUGUACCUAAUGGUCUUGGUUCUGUUUUGGGGGCAAUACAACUUAUAUUGUACUUUAUAUACCGUGACAAUAAAGGUAUUCCAAAAAAACAUGGUUCAAUAGAGGAGAGUUCAAUGGAAAUGGGCAAUGGAAAAAUACAUCAAAUGAAACACUUCAAUUCAAACGAAAUUCAAGGGUGA